AUGAAAGAAAGACUCAUGGAGCGCAAUAAAAACCCUCCGCCCUUCAGUCUAGAAGGACCUGGGAGAGAAGUUCAGCAGCUACAGAAUAUGGCUCUGGGGGUUGCAAUGGUAGUCUGCCUCCUGUUCAAAGCCAUGGCGGCCGCACUGACGAAAGAAGAAGCUGAGGUGCUCAUGACGCCUCCUACCCCAGCGCCGCAGAGCAACCGGACAGUUAACGACACAGAAGCUGACUACAUAGAAGAACCUGUAGCUUUGAAGUUCUCCCACCCUUGUCUGGAAGAUCACAGCAGCUACUGCAUCAACGGAAUGUGCGCCUUCCACCACGAGCUGGAGAGAGCCAUUUGCAGGUGUUUUACUGGUUAUACGGGAGAAAGAUGUGAGCAUUUGACCUUAACUUCGUAUGCUGUGGAUUCUUAUGAGAAAUACAUUGCAAUCGGGAUUGGCGUUGGAUUACUAAUUAGUGCUUUCCUUGCUGUCUUAUAUUGCUAUGUAAGAAAAAGAUGUUUAAAUCUGAAAUCACCGUACAUCAUCUGCUCUGGAGGGAGACCAUUGUGA